AUGAGCUCUAAAAUCUCGUUGGUCAGUGCUCUAUCGCUUCUCUUUGUCGUCGGUUUCUUGUCGUCGGGCGCCGAUGCUAUUCCACGUCCAGGACCGGUUAUUGGCGUUAACACAGCGUGCACCAGCGAAUCGAUCCAGGCGUUCUGUAAACCUGGCAACUUGUUCUGCGUGAGAUCCGCGUGCAGCCAAUGCAUUCUUCGUGAUCCAUUCAAUCCGUUUGCCUCGUUCUGCGUCCGUCUCACCGAAUGUGUCUGUUCCAUCAGCAACGAUCCACUCUGCGAGCAAAAGGUCGAGGAAACUUGCUAUUGA